AUGGCUGGUCCAGCUGGAAACCGCGGCCCUGUGGCGCAAGGCGCCGCCGCGGGGAACAUAAUGCAUAACCGGAUGGAAAUGAAUCCAGGCCUUAAUGGGGCUGGACCUUACCAAAGUAUGCCAGUAAAAGGCGUUACAUCCGGAAGAGGAGGGCCAGUGGCUCCAUCAGGGCCCGGGGGAGGAAGUUUUUAUGGAGGAUCGGGUUCACGCGCCGGGUCUUUGCGAAACAGUGUUAAUAACGGAAGCGCAUACAAUAACAUGGCUGGCCCAAGUGGAGGAAGCUUUUAUAAAGGAAUGAGCUCUCGCACUGGAUCCAUGGGUGGCAGUUUAUAUGGAAUGCAAGUUCCGGGUAUGGGUGGCCCGAUGGGGAGCGGAUAUGGUAACUUUGGUCCCAUGCAAAGAGUGAACAGUGGCUUGGGUUCUGCAUACGGCAUGGGAGGUCGAGUGGGAAGCAUGUACGGCAUGGGAAGCAUGUAUGGCAUGGGAGGACCUAUGGGCUCCAUGUACGGAAUGCAAGGCCCAAUGGGGAGCAUGUACGGCAUGGGAAGCAUGUACGGCAUGGGAGGACCCAUGGGCUCCAUGUACGGCUUUCAGCGAGGCAUGGGAAGCAUGUACGGCAUGGGAGGGCCUAUGGGAAGCAUGUACGCCAUGGGAGGACCUAUGGGAAGCAUGUAUGGCAUGGGAGGACCUAUGGGUGGUUCUAUGUACGGUAGUGUGGUGAAUGCCGUGUCACGCUGUCAUGGGUUUUUAGCACGCAAUGAACUUGUUCGCUCCAAAGUCGAUUCAGAGAAGGACGAAAAGAGUGAUGGCAAGAAGAACGACAAAGCCGCCGCCGCCAAAGUCGGAACCACCGUCACCGCCUCUGCGACCAAGAAGGACGAAAAACCCACCAGUGCAAAGGUCGGAACUUCUGCCGCCGCCACGGCCUCUGCGAAGAAGAGCGACGAGAAAAGUGAUGGCAAGAAGGACGAAAAACCCACCAGUGCAGAAGCCGGAACUUCUGCCGCCGCCACGGCCUCUGCGAAGAAGAGCGACGAGAAAAGUGAUGGCAAGAAGGACGAAAAACCCACCAGUGCAAAAGCCGGAACUGCUGCCGCCACCACCGCCUCUGCGAGCAAGAAUGGCACCAGUGCGGAAAAGACGGCCUCCAAGAGUGCCACCUCUACUACUUUGCCGUCUAGUAAGACGUCGGCAGGUGAGAAGGAAGGCGCGGCAAAGACCAAGACGCCGGAGACGGAGGAUAAGAAGGCCGACGCAAGCACAAAGGGGGCGGUGAAGCCGCCAACUGGCACCAACAUCCGUGGUCUUGUGGUGAUUGUGAAAACGCCUGAGAAAGCCUCGUCUGCCCUCGUCACAGUGAAGGAUGCUACAACAGUGGCAACUUCCGACAAGGAUGAAUUCUCAUUUGAUGAGGUUCUCACCCACACGGACGCAUCCAAGACAAUGGAGUCCGCCAUGCUUGAGGAUCUCCGCCGCCAUUGGUUGGCCGGCCACAACUCCACCAUGCUCCUCGGAGCGAUGAAGGGGGAAUGCAAGGCGGCUGCCAAGUUAGGGGAGCAAUUUCUUGCAAAUGCAUUGUCCGGGCUGGAAAAGGAAAAAGUUAAAUUUGACGUGAGUGCAACCAUGGUGUCUGUUAAGGGGAAUAGCGAUGUCAAGGACCUGCUAAAAUCAGAUGCCUCGUAUGCAAAGAUGCAGAUGGCCUCUUCCCCCAUCUUUGGUCCCGCGCUCAGGGGUGUGACCAGCAAAAACUUCACAAGCUCCAGCGAGUGUGCGGCCUUGCUUAAAAACGGGCUAACGAAGCAAAAGGAUGCAAACGAACUUGUUGUGGCAUUUUUCGUCCUUAAACAGAUGAAGAAGAGCAGCACGGGCGAUGCAACUGUUUAUCUGUCCUCUCUGUGUUUUGUGUAUGUCGGGGAGGAGGUCGCGCACCUCACAGGGCUAAAAGAAAAGAAACCAGAGUUGCCGUACACGUUGCUGCGCUAUGCCAUUGGUGGUGCCAGCAACACCGUCUGUCUCCUUGCUGUGUCUGCGGAUGCAAAAGAGGCGGCAAACGCCAAGGCGGUCCUGGGGGUGGGGAAGGAGAUGCGAGAAGUGAAGAACAGCAUCCCGCGCAGCGGUAACGUUAAGCACUUUGUGGAGUUCACAAAGAAGGAACUUCCGAGGCAGAGGACAGCAGCCGAAACGAAUGAGGCCGCGAAGAGAGUCGUGGCCCGCAUGGAGACAAUGCUGAAGGACGCCGAGGAAUUGUUGGAAAAGCCUGAGUCACAGCCAAAGACAUAUUGA